AAGUUUUGUAUCGGCCUACAUCCCGACGGGAGAGAGAGAGAUCGCAUCCAAGUGGGAUUUCCAAAUGUAUACGCAGACUUUUCUUCAUUAUGGCUUCGUCCAAAGGCCCAGGGACCGAAAUAAAGCAGCAAUUUGUGACCAAGGAAGGAGUCUACAGGUUAAUGCCGCUUUCAGAAUAUUCUCGACCCAACAAAAUGCCGUACACAGUUCAACAAUGUCACCCUGUUCGCGUCUCGUUUGUAUCUGUAAAGGAGCAAACCGGUUGCAAUGACCGCAUCGUUUUCAACGUCGGUAGAGAACUUUAUUUCUACAUUUAUAAAGGAGUACGAAAGGCUGCUGACUUAACCAAGCCUCUUGACAAACGGAUCUACAAGGGUACCAUCCCUACAUGCCAUGACUUUAACUUAUUGACAAGAAGUGCCGAGAGUUUAGAGCUCCUUAUUGGCUUCUCAGCGGGCCAAGUGCAACUGCUUGACCCCAUUCGACAAGAAGUCAAUAAGCUCUUUAAUGAGGAAAGAAUUGUAGAUAAAUCCAAAGUGACUUGUCUGCAUUGGAUUCCAGGAUCAGAACACUUAUUCCUUGUUGCUCAUGAGAGUAGUAAUAUGUAUGUUUAUAAUAAGGAACAUCCGCCAGGCUCCAUGCCCUUGUCGUACUCCGCAAUGAAACAGGGUCCUGGGUACUCCAUCCACAGUGUCAAAUCCAAAACAGUAAGGAACCCUGUCUGUAAAUGGAAUGUAGGGGAAGGUGGCAUCAAUGAAUUCUCCUUUUCUCCAGACUGCAAACACAUAGCCCUGGUCACACAAGAUGGAUACCUUAGAGUGUUUGAUUUUGAUGCACAAACUCUUUAUGGAGUUAUGAAGAGCUACUUUGGUGGGCUAACCUGCGUGUGUUGGAGUCCAGAUGGAAAAUAUGUUGUCACAGGUGGUGAGGAUGAUUUGAUCACUGUUUGGUCUUUUCAUGAACUCAGGGUCAUAGCUCGCGGCCAAGGCCAUCAAUCAUGGAUCAGUGUUGUUGCCUUUGAUCCCUACACAACAAGUGUUUGCAUAGGAGGUCGCAUGGAUGACAGUGACGAAGAAGAGGUGGAGCAGAAUGGGGUUCCUGUGUCAGCUCCAAGCCAGGACGUCAAAGGGCUGAUAUCGUAUAGGAUUGGAUCUGUAGGACAGGAUACCAUGCUCAUGCUAUGGGAUUUGGGUGAUGAUGUGUUGAGGCCACAGAGGCCUCGCAACCGCAGUAUAAGGACACAUACUUUAACAAGCUCACAACAUUUGAAUUCAAACUCUAUUUGUAAUGGACCUUCUUCUAGUUGGGAGAGCAGCACCCCGAAUCACAACUCAAACGCUGUGGCACCCGCAACAAAUAUCACGAAGAAUUUAACGCAAGUGCACAGUUUGUCUAAAUCUGUUGAACUUUUAGUCAACACAAGAAACUGUAGCCCAGGGACCAGUAUUUGCCCCAGUAUGGACGAGGCCCCCAUGUUAGAACCACUAGUGGCCAAAAAGAUAGCUCAUGAACGUCUUACUUCAAUAGUUUUUCGAGAGGACUGCAUUGUGACAGCCUGUCAGGAGGGAUUUGUCCGUACAUGGGCACGACCAGGUAAAGUGGGUGUACAGUUCUCAGCAACAGUCGUGUGAUGGAACAUGAAGACACAGCGUACCAUGAAGUGGAGAAUCACCAUUAUAGAUAGCAUGAAGCACAGGUAGUAUGCUAGCCAACUCUCAUUUGGUGUUAUCUGGAAAUGUAUGUGAACAUUUGGAAUGAUGUGACCCUCAAGAGGAUGUGGGAACUAUAGUUCAAAUAAAAAUAGGUUUUCAUCGCAAUAUGAGAGCCAGCUAGUAGAAUAGGUAAUUUUAAGAAGGAACUUUGCUCUUUUAUCGGGCCUCUUUUAUAUUGUACUGGUCAAAUGUUUAACCCCUCAAAAUUUGUAUAGUUAUAUGUUCCAUUUACAUGGCAACUUUGCUAGCUUAAUGAAAAAAAAAGACUGCUUGCUGUAUGAGACCUCUGUAAACAGUAAAAAAUUCACAAGAUCUAUGUAAAUACUGUUUUCUGUACAAAUUUUGAGUGUUCAGCAAUUCAAGUGGCAUAAUUUAAAAGAAGCCUGAUAUCACAUUUCACUCUGAGGGAUAUGGUAUGGUAAAUUUGAGGAUUCAGAGACUUUGAGAAUUCAUGAUAGAUUGGUUUUCAUUAACCUGUGAAACUAAUUGUGAUAGUCAAAUUGUAAAAGUCAGGAAACAUAAAAGAGAGCAAUAGAAUUAGAGCCCAAUAAAGUGUAAUGUGCUAAAGUAUAGUUCACAGGUUAAUGAAAAUUACUCACUCGACCCUGCCAAAAAGUAGUAUUCAGACUGGAUUUUUUUAGAUUUCAAUGUUCUUGUUCAUUUUCUUCGCAGUUCACACCACUUUGAUUUAUCACAGCAUAAUCCGUACCUCCCUUUCUUAAGAAGCAGGCAAUAUUAUUUUUAAAAUCCUAUUUGCUAACCAAAUUACACUAAUAACACUUAUUUGUUGCUAAUUAUGACAGCUUGGUAGAGCUCGAAAAAUCAAUGAGAUCUCUAGACCCAAUCCUGCCUGAAAAAAAUGCAACUAGGUAAUUUGAAAUUUCUAAAAAAAGGAUGGAAUGAAAGUACAAUUUAUAAGUGUUUAAAAAAACCCACAAUAAUUAUACCUCUGCUCAGUUGGCCCAACACAAGCAAGAAACAAUUCCAAUGGCAAUCUUUGGUACAGUAAGCUCUCGUGAUAUACCCACAUUGCUAAGGACAUGUUGACACCUACCUUUGAAAUACAGUCGUUUGACAAAAGGUUGUCGUCAACCGGCUUUGUGGCUGUGUGACAAGCCUGUGAGCAUGGGUAAAAACCACUGAAGUGCCCAGCUGCAUUUAUUAGCCACUGCUACCACAAUCCAAUUCUUGGAUAGAUCAAAUAGUGUUGGGUACAGUAUACGCUGGAGUUGUAAGUUUAUGUAUCGUUUUACACAGUUUGGAUAGAUCAAAUUGUGUUGGGUACAGUAUACGCUGGAGUUGUAAAUUUAUGUAUCAUUUUACACAGUUUGGAUAGAUCAAAUUGAGUUGGGUACAGUAUACGCUGGAGUUGUAAAUUUAUGUAUCAUUUUACACAGUUUUCGUCAGGGGAGGGUGGGGUGAAUUUGCUGUCAUUUUUUGGAGGUUGCACCAUACUACAAUUGUGUCAUCCCCAGGGUUGUAAAAAUGUUGUUUUGUAUGAAACUGGAUGGAGUUAGCCCUCUUUGAGAAAAGGGUAUGAAUAUUUAAGAGUCAGAAUAAAAUUUAACUGUUACUUUA